GACAACUGGGGCGAGACCACCACGGUGGUGACGGGGACGUCAGAGCACAGCAUCUCGCACGAUGACCUCACCCGCAUCACCAAGGACAUGGAGGACAGCGCUCACCUGGACUGCUCCCGGCACCUGGGCGUCUCGCUGGCCGGGGCGCUGGCGCUGCUCGCCUUCCUCACCCCCCUCGCCUUCAUGCUCCUGCCCCAGCUCCUGUGGCGGGAGGAGCUGGAGCCCUGCGGGACACCCUGCGAAGGGCUCUUCAUCUCCGUGGCCUUCAAACUCCUCAUCCUCCUGCUGGGCAGCUGGGCUCUCUUCUUCCGUCGCCCCAAAGCCUUCUUCCCUCGCGUCUUCGUCUUCCGGGCGUUGCUCAUGGUGCUCGUCUUCCUCCUCGUCGUUUCCUACUGGCUUUUUUACGGCGUGCGGAUCCUGGACUCGCGGGAGCGCAGCUACCAGGGCGUGGUGCAGUACGCGGUCUCGCUGGUGGACGCGCUGCUCUUCGUGCACUACCUGGCCGUGGUGCUCCUGGAGGCGUCCCUGGAGCGUUCCCUGACGGCCGGACCCACCAUCCAGUACCACAAGGACCGCUGGCUGGCCAAGCAGUGGACGCUGGUCAGCGAGGAGCCGGUGACCAACGGCCUGAAAGAUGGGGUGGUCUUCGUGCUGAAGCGCCAGGACUUCAGCCUCGUGGUGAGCACCAAGAAGAUCCCGUUCUUCAAGCUCUCGGAGGAGUUCGUGGACCCCAAGUCGCACAAGUUCGUCAUGAGGCUGCAGUCGGAGACCUCGGUGUGA